UGGGUGUCGCCAUGGUCGGUGGUUGAUUGGAGUUUAAGUCGUGAUUGUGUGGAUUUGUGGGUUAAUGCUCUUUAAAGUCAUCAGUGGGAAAAGAUGUGACGGUUUGAUGAUUCGGAAGGACUCAUGGUUGGAGAGAAACAGCGGAGGAUCUGAGAUCGAUGGUGAACUUAAGCAUGUUUUAAGUUCUCUAACCGCCACUGUUCCAAAGCGGGUGUCAAUGGUCAAUAGCAAGUGACAGGUAGAAAUUAUAUUGAAGUG